AUGACAGACAAUAUGUCUCCGGUCCUGGCAAAACUUCGGGAGAUCGAAUGCGUCCUUGUGUGUCAGUCAGAGGGAGGUCACUAUAGCCACAUAUGUUCCUCCCGAUGGCAGCAGAUAGCGUUAUUCCGACGCUUUUCAGAUGUACUCCGGGCCGAUCCCGAAAACGCAGAUGUGUGCUUGCUACCCCGUCCGCAAAGAGGGCAUCUUACGAUGUUGACCUGGACCGAAGCACAGAUUACCAGCACAAUGUGUCCCUUAAUUCUGUGUGCGUCCGAGUUUUCGGGUCCACAGAGGAACUACUCGACAGCCGUGACCCAGCGCUUCGACUUCCCUAUCAAGCCGGUCCAUCGAACCGCCUUCCAGUUAGUACAGUCAGUUGGCAGCCGAGCGUCCGCAGAACAGGUAACAGUCAAUCACACGACAGUCACUUGCAAUCAAAUCACGACAGAGUCCAGA